CUGGCAAUGUCAGCAAGCCCGGUCCAGUGAGAGUGAACCGACGUGAAGCUGUCAACCUCCACCCUGAAGCAAUCAAGGACUCCAGGACUGCUCAGACUUCUCACUCGCAGGGCCAAGGCCCGGCUGCACCUCUCUCAUAGCCCAGCAUUGCAGCAACAGACCCCCACCAUGAGUCGCUCCAGACGAGGCGGAGAUAUCUCUGCCGUCUUUAUCCAUGCGGGGGCUGGCUUCCAUGCCCCGCACAAUGAGAAGGCACACCUGGAAACCUGUGAGAAUGCGGCGAAAGUGGCUAUGAAAAUGCUGCAGAAUGGGGGAUCUGCCAUUGACGCCGUGGAGAUUGCCAUCAUGCUGAUGGAGGAUGCCGAGAUCACCAACGCUGGCUACGGCAGCAAUUUGAACAUCGAGGGCACCGUCGAGUGUGACGCGACCAUCGUCAACCAUCUGGGACGGAGCGGCGCGGUGGGUGCGGCGGCUCAGAUUAAAAAUCCCAUUUCGCUGGCGCGGGUCAUUCUGGACUCGUCGACCAAGCCAUUGUCGCUGUCCCGGGUGCCGCCCAACUUCCUCGUGGGACAGGGGGCCACGGACUUUGCCUUCGAGCAGGGCCUGGUGGUGCUUCCCGACGAUGCGCUGGUCUCUCCGUCGGCGAGAGAAAGAUGGCGCCACUGGCAACGGGAGCUGGAGGCCGCGUCGCUCCGGGAGAAGCAGCAGCUCAGCGAGCAGGAUCGCGCCAGAGGAUACAUCCGUCGACCCGUCUCGGUUCACCCGGCCCAGCUCCUUGUCAACCCGUCGAGAAUGCGACCAGCCUCCGCGAUCGGGGUGAGUUCUGCGACGAGAGGAAUCGAUCCGCGUCUCCACCAACCCCAGCCUCAUGGUAUCACGCCCCCGGCCGAGAUGGACCGGCCUCAUUCCGAGUCCCCCCAGGUCAAGGAUGGAGUGGAUGGCCCGCUGCUAUCACCGACUCCGACCUGGCCAUCUGGCGAUGGGAACCCGUCCGAGGACCCCCCUGACGCCCCCGAGGGGAUGGAGAUCGACCGGGUCAAUGACACCGUGGGCGCCAUUGUCGUGGAUAGCGAAGGCAACAUUGCGGCAGGCUCCUCGUCCGGCGGCAUUGGCAUGAAGCAUCGCGGACGGAUCGGGCCGGCAGCCCUGGUGGGCAUCGGCACUGCAGUCAUCCCCGUGGACCCCAGUGAUCCGGAGGCGACGUCUGUGGCGACCAUCACGUCCGGGACCGGCGAGCAUAUCGCAACGACCUUCGCGGCCAGCACCUGCGCCUCGCGUGUCUAUUACAGCCACCGCAAGUGCAAGGACGGGAGCUACGAGGAAGUCAACGAAGAGGAAGCCAUCAAGGCUGCGAUUUCGGAAGAUUUCAUGGCUCACCCCGGUGUCCGCGGCAGUCACUGUCAAGGCGCGAUUGGUCUUUUAUCGGUGAAGCGGACCGUCGAUGGCGUGUUCCUCUACUUCGCGCACAACACCGACUCUUUUGCUAUUGCGUCGAUGAGCAGUGACGACAAGAAGCCCGUGUGCGUGAUGUCCCGCAGCACCGGGAAUGGCAGCAUCGCGCAGGGAGGCCGUGCCUGCCGCGCCAAAAGGCCCAGAGGUCCCCAUGGCUUUUAGACGUCUGAAACUAGAUAUCGCGGGUCAGAGACAUGGCGUUCCAUCGAUGAAUUAACUUGACUUGCUUCCCAUCCCGACACACCGAGUGCGAGCCCUGCCGCUUCGUUGAAAAUGAGAUGUGUAAGAGUAUUCCGGGUGUGGGUGUGCGUUUGGGCGUAUGAGGUCCGGAGUCUGGCAGGGUGAUUGUUUCUUAGUUGUUCAAGACAAGAUACCAUGAAUGAGUUCU